CUUCUUCUAUCUGGAAGCCAUGUGGCUGUGGUUGGUAAAUAAAUAGCUCUAGUAAUUGUAGUCUUUGCUUUUAUUCUGAAUUUCGGAAACAAACCCUGACAUUGCAGCGUCGAGGCAGCAAACAUGUCUUCCAGCGUGGUGGACCUCGAGGCGCAGGUGGAGUCGGUGCUCGGCGCGCUGGUCAAAGCUGCGACGGUGGAGUUAACGAAGCUGUUCGAGAGCAGAUACCGAGCCUCGGCGAUGGAUGUGGGCCGCGCUGAUGACAAUAAGCAAAAUAAAACACAGGAUACUUUAUCGACUGGGGGCACGACACGCAGCAUUGGAGUGCAAGUGGACGAGGACAUUUGUCCGCUGUUUGAACUUACUGACCCCCCUCUGCUCUCAAAUGGAGAUUGUUUGGAGGAGUGUAGCGAGAAGGAGGUGCAGGGGAGCUCCACUGCCUCACAAACCUUCCUGUUUGAAGAUAAUGGCCAAGUUCACCCAGAGAGGUCGCCUCUGAAGGAACAGGUUGCGGCAGAGACUGUAGAUAUGGUGGAGGUGAGCGAUAUUAAAGAGGAGCCUCCAACUGAUGGUGAUCCUCACACAGAAGUUGUUUUACAAGUCUCUGCAGCGACAUGGAAAGAGGAACCAAGACACGAGUCUCCGCACAGCUCCCCAGAAAAAAAGAUGCCUCUCAUUAUCCAUCCAGAUAUCAUUUCUGGGAAGAAGGUUACGUUUGUGUGCCCGUUGAUUCUCAAGUCUGGGUCUCCAGCCCCCACACCGGACAUUCCACAGAAGCCAAUCAAAACGGAGCCUCUGCAAGUCUGCGUCAGCACCGCUAACGGCACCGCCUACAGCCCGUCCCCGUCUGAUGGAGCUGCCACUCCUGCUCAGGUUGGGGCUUUGGAAAACAUCCACACGCCAGAGGAGACGAAGAACAGCCUCCAAAUUACACUGAAAUUGUCUCCUCCAGACAAAAAGCUGAAGCAUGGCUGUGUGGUGCAACUGGUGGACGUGAUGAGGGGGCCAGCAUCAGAGGCGAAGCUUCAGGAUGCUGUGGCCAAAGGUAAUGAUGAUAACCGUAAAAACAAUUAUCCUCUGCCCAAAGACCUCCGCCGCCACCAAGGUCUUCACACCGGCCGCCGCCUCUGUUGCUUCACCCCCUGUGAAAACGGUAUCUGGCGGCUUCAGGAGGUGGUCGCCCGCUCCCGCGAUGGAUACCCUUGUAGCAACUGUGGGAAGACGUUCAAGCGAAGGAAGAUUCUACGGCGGCACGAGCGCUUUCACUCCGGAGAGAAACCCUAUGCAUGCCUGAAGUGCUCGAAGUCGUUUGCACUGAGGAAGAGCCUCCGGCGCCACUUGAGGUUCCACACUGGGCAAAGGCCACAUAAUUGUCCGAAGUGCGGCAAAAGCUUCCGUUUGCGAGAAAAUCUGAAAGCACAUCUGAGGUUUCACACUGGAGAGAAACCGUUUGACUGCGCCAUUUGUGGCAAGACGUUCAGGAUCGUCAGGAAUCUGGAGAAACACAAACGGGGCUGUUGUGAAAUCUUUGUACCUUCAUUCAGGACAAUUGCUGGCCUGUAGCCGUGGAAACAGAUGUCAGUGGCUGGUUUUGGUUGUUGUAUCACUUUCUACCUCAGACAAAAAACACUAUCACUUUUCUAGAUGUAAUGUUUAGACAAAGAAGUUAAAGCUAUGAGAAGAAUUGAAACAAUAAUCCAGUUUCAUUCCAGAAAGAAUUUAACAACCAACAUGAAGAGGUGCAUUAUGAUCUGGCUGUUUUUACAUUUGUACCUAUACUACUGAUUAGUUUUCUUACACAAUUUUUCUUUGUUUAUUAUGCCUUGCCAUAUUUUGCCUAUUGUGAUUUUGGACCAAUAGUGAGACUUUUCGUUAGAUUUCAAAUCCCUACCCAUCUGGUGCCCCCCCAUUGGACCUUAUAACCGGAAAAUUAUAUACAGUAGUCAACGGCAAGAGACAAAACAUGUUUUGAUCCUGUUUACAUUUUGUCGUGAAAAACACAUUUGAUGUUUUUCAUGUGAGAACCUACUGGGACAAAACAUGGGAUCUUUGCUUCAUCAGGAGAAAGAAAACUGCGACUUGACUUGCAAAAUAACCUUUGCAUUGACAAACGUCAUGUGUAAUUCAUGGCCCAAUUUUAAAUUGAUCCAAAACCUUAUUUAUCUGUCGCCUUUGACUACUGUUGAUUUCCCCCAAAAAUAAGGUGCCAUGCUGUUGCAGUGGAAGGUAUUCACUAGACCUUCUGAGAAACACAUGGUCAUUCCUUUAAAGAAUCCCUCCACUUAGCAAUUAAAGCAACAUUUGUGCCGAAGUGCUCUGCAGCUUUUGGAGGUUGUUGUGUCUUGUUAAAUGUUUUGCUUUGACAAGGACGGAAGGAAGGUAGUUGCUUAUUGUUUGGUUGGCAAAAAAGAUUAUCUUUCUGUGCCAUGAUUAUAUAUGGUUUUUCCACUGAUGUUUGUUUUUUUUGUUGUGUAUACUGUUUUUGUUUUCAUGUGUUUAUACUAUACUUUUUUUCACUUUAUACUCAUGUCUCUUACCAAAAAGGUUUAGUUUUAUAUUUCUGUUAUGAUGACUGAAUGUAUGUAGAUGUCCUUACCUUCAUGACCAAGAUGUCAAAGUCUAUCCAUGCUGACUAUAAGAAAUCUAGUUCUUAUGUUAAAACCGUUUUGAAUGACAAAAGUACUAAAGUGUACUUAUGGCCAAACAAAUUUGAUCACAUGUUGUCUUUUUUUGUAAAAGAAUCUAAAAAGUUGUUAUAGUCCUCAUUCAUGUCAGAUUUCUUUUAAACUUCUGAUACUAAAUAACAUUGUGUUUUAAUAAAAAAAAUGGUGACAUGUA